GAUCGGUAACGGACAGAGAGAUGACUGAAAUCUCGGAGGGGAAGUUUGAUUUUGUAGUAUAAAGACAUGAGCCCAGCCUUCUAUUUCAGUAUGGAAAAGAACUUCUUCCCUUUUCUAUUUCUUCGUCUCCUUCUUCUUCUUCUUCUUUCUGAUUUUGAGUUUGAGAGUUUCAUCUCUUUUGAAUUGAGUGCCACAGUUCAAUUGAGAACAGAGUAAACCCUGGAGUGAGCCGUCUGGGUUAUCUUGCACCGGGAUUAGGCGGUUUUUCGCUCAAGUGCAGUAGAUUCUCUACGGCUCUGCAACUUAAGCUUCUUUGUUCUGAGUCUGGUUCUGUUUCCAACAAUAUCGUCGGACGAAUUGUUACCUCUCUCCCAUAGACAAUUUCGUCGGACGGACGAAUCUAAAAUUAAGUAAUGGGAUGGCGGGGCUCCGGCUGACCCGACAGCGAGGGCAAGGCAGUCUCUCUUGUUGCCGCUGCCAAUAACUACGGCGAUUUGGCAGGUUAAGGAGAUAUUGCUGUCAUUGGAGCCGUCUUGUUCUGCUGAGAUUUUCCCCUAUAUCGCAGAACUCCACUUGUCCCGCGAAAUUCUAGUUCACAAAUCCCUUUUGGAGAUCAUUGAAGAAGUUGGUUUGAGGAUGCUGGAUCGUUCUUAUGUCAUCAAAGGACGAGGAUCCAAUUGUUGCAAAGAAAUCCAUUUCUGCUGGCACCACUUUCUUUUGCAGCAUCUUGGAGGAGAUGGCAAUGCAGUUCCGUCAUCACGGUUAAGUUUGAUCGUUGGUGUGGGGACCUAUGGACAUGGAUGGUUUACGUUCAAAGAUGAUGUCUUGCCGCUGCAUUGGAUGUAUGCUGGCUGUUUAUAGCCUCUUUUUUUUCUUUUUUCUUUUUCUGUCUCUCCCCCUCGCAAGGUAUGGUCUUUGGUUGAUUACUUAUUCUGCUUCUCUGUCAAUUUAAGUUUUCCUCACUUAACUCUGUUGUUUCUUUCAUAAUAGCCUGGUUGUUUACGGGUAAAAGUUCUUGCUUUAAAUUUUGUGGAGACGUUUGUUUUGCUCUUUACUCCUGAUGCAUCUGAUCCCGAGAAAGUUUCCAGCAAAGGAAGCAGUAGACAGAUGUUCAAUAUUUCCUGGCGGUCGCCCCAUUCCGAAUCCAGCUACGCUCAUGUCUGAAGCAGAUAGGACAUUUGGCAUCUUAGUAGAUUUCAUACUGUCAGCUAUUCGUUUGCCGGGAAACAAACACAUCUUCGGAGUUUCGUUCUAGGUUUUGAGAGACAGAGUGGUUUGAAAGAUGGAUGAGGAUGAGGUGUUUCCAAUUCUCUCUCAGCUUCCAAGUCAGGUGGGUGCUCAUCUCCAGAAGAUGUAUGACUGUUUGAAAGAAGCCGCUCUUCAAGGUUUUCUGCCUACAUUCGACAGAUAUGGGCACAUCUAUCAAGUUUUAGACACAGACGGUAAUCUGAGGUGUCUAUUCAAAGCUGAUCAAGACGAAUCCUGUAGAAUGGAAGCUUGUGUCUACCUGCUGGAUCAUCCCGAGGAUGGUCACCGAUCAUUGUCUCAAGACAUAUAUGGCUUCUCCGGAGUGCGGCCAACACUGUACAUACGACGGUUGAAGAUAGGAACCAAAACAAUCAGUGGAGCUUUGAUUGAAUAUGUAAAUUCCGAGGUUGCAAUUGUUGAUUAUCCUCCUCCUGUUGUGCCAAUGGACGAGAUUCAGAAGGUUGCGAUAGCAGACUUGAGAUUCGGGAAUAUAGAUAGGAGUCCGGAUAAUCUUCUCCUUGCGGAAAACAACUCGAUUGUCCCAAUUGACCAUGAAGAAAUUUUUGGCAUUGAUUACAAUCUUUCCAACCCGUGUUGGCUAGAUUGGUUGCGGGAUAAUGAAGAGCCAUUCUCUCAGCGUUGUGCCAACUAUGUGGAGCAACUAGACGCUGAUAAGGAUCUCCAGUUUCUUAGUGCAUGUGGUUGGGAGCCUGGGGCCGAUUUCAUGGAGAAAUUCAAGGUCUUCUGCAUAUUUUUGAGGCUCGCUGUUUCUCAGGGAUUGACCGUUUUCCAAGUUGGUACUAUUGCUUCUUCUAAAUGUGACGAAACCAAAUUCAGAUUCAAUUUGGCAUGCAUGGUUGGUGGAGUUAACAGAGAUGAUGACAAGUUUUUCGAAAGUGUAGAGAGCCAUUUGAAAGAGCUCCUGAGGGAAUAUUACGAGAGUGUUUGAGUAACAAGAAGAUGCAAGAUGAAGGAAAAGGAAGGAGAUGGGACCAUGGAGGCGUAUUUAGGGUUUUGGUUUGAGUUGUAUUUUUGCUUAAUGAACUUGGAUUUUUAGAUGGUUAUGAUGUUUAGUGUUAGUUGGGCUAAGUUAUGAAGUCUGAAAACAUUGAUCUUGUUAUGCAAUUAUGAGAACCUCCACUAUUAUGUUAAUCUUGGCAAUGCUAUGUUAAUCUUGGCAAUUAUGAUCUU